AUGAAGGCGAAAAACCGCGACCAAAGCUUGUCGGACUCCAGAGAGCUGGACGGAUCCUAUGACCAGCUUACAGGUAAUCCUUCCACCUGCCAAAGCAAAAAAACCAUAAAGCAGCGAUUCCUCAAGCUGCUGCCGUGCUGCAAGCCCUCAGCUGCCCCCUCAAUCAGUCAAAGCAACGUGGAAGAUGACUUUGAGCUAUCCACUGUGUGUCAUCGCCCUGAAAGCAUGGACAAGCUGCAGGAGCAGACGAAGUUUACCAAGAAGGAGCUGCAAGUCCUCUACAGGGGCUUCAAAAAUGAGUGUCCAAGUGGUGUGGUGAAUGAGGAGAACUUUAAGAACAUUUACUCCCAGUUCUUUCCACAGGGAGAUUCGAGUAUGUACGCACAUUUCCUGUUUGAAGCCUUCGACACGAACAAGAAUGGCUCAGUUAGUUUCGAGGACUUUGUAUUUGGCCUGUCUAUCAUCCUGAGAGGGACCAUUAAUGACCGGUUAAACUGGGCGUUCAACCUCUAUGACCUGAACAAGGACGGCUGCAUCACCAAAGAGGAGAUGUUAGACAUCAUGAAGUCCAUCUAUGACAUGAUGGGGAAGUACACGUACCCCACUAUGCAGGACGAUGCUCCAAGAGAACAUGUGGAGAGCUUCUUCCAGAAAAUGGAUCGGAAUAAAGACGGGGUGGUCACCAUAGAGGAGUUUAUCGAGUCAUGCAAAAAGGAUGAGAACAUCAUGCAGUCCAUGCAGCUGUUUGACAACGUCAUCUAAGAACCUGGACCAGAGAGCACGCUGGCACCAGAGAGGGGAGUGUGUGUGCAAGAGGAAUCAGGAUUGGAAA